AUGGAUCUUCAGGCCCCAGAUGAGGAUCUCAGGUACAUGGCCUUGAAGUCGUAUAUCGACAGGCAAUGGAAACAAGAGAAUAAGGGCAUUGACCAAGGCCAAGGCCAAGGCAUUGGCCAAGGCCCUAGCAAUGACCAAGAUAUCGUGCUCCUCGGAUUGCACGACAGCAGCGUGCUCAUCCAGGACUUGGCGUCCACCUCGCUCGUGGUGUCGUUUUGCAGGUGCAAGCACCCGCAAGCAGUCGUCGGAUUGUUCCGGUCGCUCUUGGACGAUGCGUCCCUCCCCUGCACGCGAGCCCUCAAGACGUUGUUGCUAGAGACGCAGCAGCAGCAGCAGCACUACCUCUCCGUCUCGUUCGAAAACAUCGAGCACUACGUCUCGAAACUCGUUUCCCAGCCGAUGGUCCAAUCGGUCCACUGGGACGUGGUCGUGCUGUUGCUCGAGCAGUACUCCGAAUUGAAGCCGCUCGAUUCGGUGUUUAGCCAGGGCCUUGGCCCUGGCCUUGGCCUUGGUCCUGGAUCUCAGGACCCUCAGGGCCCUCAGGGCCCUCAGGAGGGACCCAGCAUCCCCGAUCCCGUCGUCAAGGCUUUCGUGCCCUACUUGUCCCGGAUCCUCGUCUCGUCCUACCCCUUCACGCUUCGCCAGCUAGCACUCGUUUCGGAGUUGUACCCGCACAAAUUCACCCGCACCAGAGCCCUCCAGAUCUUGUCUGAGGUCACCAGGAUCCCUCCUGAGGGCCCCCAGGGCCCUGAGAGCCCCCAGGGCCAGGGCCUCCCGGAAAACGUGCGCCUAACCUACAACUUGUUCUGGUUCUGGUACUCCUCCGAAGGCGUGCCCCCAGAGAUACUCGCCUUCCUCGAAACCCUCAGGCACUACUCCAAAGACGAAGGAGACCUAGACGACGCCUCCGAUUCAGACGAAUUCGAUAUCUCGUUGUCCGACGACGAGGACGGAGAAAUCACUUCUUCAAGCGACCACCAGCGCGUCGCAGAACUCGAAUCGCUCAUUUCCCGCUUCGACUCCCUCAUCGAGUCCCUAACAGCCCUCUCCCAAACCGAAUCGCAACACCUUGACAUGCCUCCUGAACCUGAGCCACCACUCUACGCAGAAAUCACCCGCUCGCUAGCAAUAGCCCCAGCCACAGCUACAGCUACAGCUACAGCAACUCCCGACUCUGACCACCUCCUAGAAAACUGGCUCAAAGAGUUCCAAAACUACAACCUCGCAUACACACUCUCCAUCGUCAACCAGCUCCUAGACUCCGAAUUCACCCUCUACCACGCCCAAUGGCUCAUCACCCUCGCCCCAAGACUACCGCUCCACACACUCCUCCACUUCUUGCCCAAAUUCAUACCCUUCUUGAAACCAACAAAAAGAUUCAUCCACGUCAUCCAAGUAGGAAACUUGAAACAACGUCAAGACGCUGCAUCAAACCUCAGAUUGCAGCUCUGGUCCCUUCUCAACUCCCUCCUACACUUCAACCAGCAAUCACUCAACCUACCACAACUACGCAUCCUACAACUCAUCAUCCCAUACUUGCAAUUCGGACUCAAAGACGCCGCAAAGGACCCCGUCCUCGAGCCAAUCUUGACCCAAAUCCUCCACAAAUUGGCCCACCACUGCGGGCCCUUGAUCAUCACCCAUGAGGACCUGCUCCAAUCCCUACACUCCCUAGACCAGGAACAGUACCCUGGCAUCCGCCAGCUCAUCGCACUGAUCGACUUCAAACUGAUAUAG